UGACGAGAGGUAUAGAAUCACACAAACACAAACACAAACACACACAGCUUCAUCCUCAUUCUCCUUCCCUGUACAACCACACAGUUAUCAACCGUAUACACUUUCUUCUUCUUCUUCUUCUUCUUCUUCUUCUUCUUCUUCUUCCCUCCACACACGUAUCCAAUCCACCCACAAACACCGAAAACCCCAAUUUCCAGAGGUAAAAAUUUCAUCUUCUCUUGUGGGUUUCAAAUUUCAUAUAUAUUCUUGUUCUUAUAUCUGGGUAUCUUGUAAUACUAAUUAAACUCAAAACCCUGUUGAUAUAAUCUUGUAUUGACUCACUUGUAUAACCAGGGGUUCAAACUGUGUUAAAUUGGUAUAAAGAAAGUGUUGUUAGACAUCGCAGAUAAGGUGUUUGAUAAAAUGUCCCAGUGAGUUAAAUUAUAGAAUUAUGGCUUCUUUUGCUUCCUUAGUGGGUUUAGGAAGUACCUGCACUUGUUCUUCGGGUCAGUUAGAAGGUACCCGUUUAUCGAUUAGGAGAGUUUAUUUUCCCAGGUGGAGGUAUGUUUCGAUUUGUAAAUAUUCGGUGGCUACUGAAAUUAUAGCUGAUCAAGCGGCUUCUGUAUCGCUUAAUGCCGGCAAUAAAAGUAGCGAUGAGGAUGCUGCUGAUCUUUUACUUAAGCCGGCAAGACGGCCUGUGUUGAAACCACCCGAGUCUAAGAUAGAACAAGGUUCGGGUGGUUCUGUAUCCAAGGUAGGUGAACAAGAAGAGAGGAAUAAGGUUAUUGAGUCGUUGGGAGAGGUGUUAGAGAAAGCUGAGAAAUUAGAGACUGUUAGGAACACAGAGAUUGUGAGUAAAAAACCAUCAACGUCAGCGUUACCGAAUACAAACAAUGGUAAUCAGGUUAAUUCGACAACUAACAGGAAAGCUAAAACGCUUAAAAGUGUGUGGCGAAAAGGGAAUCCGAUUGCAACGGUGGAAAAGGUUGUGAAAGAAGCUACAAAGGUCGAAAAGGGUCCAGAUGAAAAGUCAAAACUGGAGGUUACUGGGAAAGUUGAAAGCCAACCCGUUGCUCAACUAAAACCACCUCAAAGAGUCCAACCACAACUACAAUCGAAACCAUCCGCUGCUCCUGUUAAACGAGCACCGAUCUUGAAAGAUUUAGGAGCUGCUCCGAAAUCCGCUGUUACCGACGAAAACGAUUCCGGUACAAAAACAAAAGAACGAAGUGGGCCGAUUUUGAUUGAUAAAUUUGCAUCAAAGAGACCGGCAGUGGACCCGUUAAUGGCUCAAGCCGUUUUAGCACCACCUAAGCCCGGAAAGAUCCCGGCUCCCGGGAAAUUCAAGGACGAUUUCCGAAAGAAGAGCGGUGCAGUGGCCCGUAGGCCCAAAGCUAAAGACGACGACGAAAUUCACGAUGACGAGACAUCAGAGCUUAACGUCUCAAUCCCGGGUGCAAAAAAGGGACGAAAGUGGAGCAAGGCUAGUAGAAAAGCGGUUAGAAUGCGGUUAGCGCGGGAGGCUGAACCGGUUAAGGUUGAACUCAUGGAAGUCGAUGAAGAAGGUAUGUUGAUUGAUGAGUUGGCGUUUAAUUUGGCGGUUAGUGAAGGUGAAAUUCUUGGUCAUCUUUAUGCAAAGGGUAUUAAGCCUGAUGGGGUGCAGAAAUUAGAUAAAGAAAUGGUGAAAAUGGUUUGUGGUGAGUAUGAUGUGGAAGUUAUCGAUGCGGGUCCAAUUAAGAUAGAAGAAUUGGCGAAAAAGAAAGAAGUAUUAGAUGAAGAUGAUCUUGAUAAUUUGCAAGAUCGACCCCCUGUUCUCACAAUCAUGGGUCAUGUCGAUCAUGGAAAAACAACGCUUUUGGAUUAUAUCCGGAAAAGCAAGGUGGCAGCUUCUGAAGCAGGCGGAAUCACACAAGGAAUCGGGGCGUAUAAGGUCCAAGUGCCUAUUGAUGGCACUUUACGACCAUGUGUCUUCCUUGACACUCCUGGACAUGAGGCUUUUGGUGCAAUGAGAGCGCGUGGAGCUAGGGUUACAGAUAUUGCUAUUAUUGUAGUGGCUGCUGAUGACGGUAUACGGCCUCAAACAAUCGAGGCCAUAGCCCAUGCCAAGUCAGCCGGCGUGCCAAUUAUUAUCGCCAUUAAUAAGAUAGAUAAGGAGGGAGCAUCGGAUAGAAUCAUGCAAGUUAUGCAGGAGCUUUCCUCAAAUGGUUGCCAACCGGAAGAUUGGGGUGGUGAUGUACCUAUGGUUCAGAUCAGUGCCCUUACUGGUAUGAAUGUUGAUGAUUUGUUGGAAACCGCCAUGCUUGUUGCAGAGCUGCAAGAAUUGAAGGCAAAUCCUGAUAGAAAUGCAAAGGGUACCGUAAUUGAAGCAGGUCUGGAUAAAUCAAAAGGACCCGUAGCUACUUUUAUCGUGCAAAAUGGGACACUUAAAAAAGGGGAUGUAAUCGUCUGUGGUGAAGCUUUUGGAAAGGUCCGAGCUUUAUUUGAUGAUGCUGGAAAGCGUGUUGAUGUUGCUGGACCGUCAAUACCAGUACAGGUAAUUGGAUUAAACAAUGUCCCAUUAGCUGGUGAUGAAUUUGAGGUGGUUGACUCACUUGACAUUGCACGUGAGAGGGCGGAGGAACGCGCAAUAUCGUUACGAGAUGAACGUAUAAUAGCCAAGGCUGGAGACGGUAAAAUUACGCUUUCGUCCUUCGCUUCUGCUGUUACAACAGGCAAGAAUUCCGGAUUAGAUCUACACCAGCUGAACAUUAUUUUGAAGGUCGACCUUCAGGGAUCAAUUGAAGCUGUGAAACAAGCCUUACAAAAGCUCCCACAAGAUAAUGUCACUUUGAAAUUCAUUUUACAAGCAACGGGUGACGUAAGCACUAGUGAUGUUGAUCUUGCAGUCGCGAGUAAAGCCGUUAUUUUCGGGUUUAAUGUCAAAGCGUCUGCUUCUGUUAAAAGCUAUGCUGACAAUAAGGGCGUUGAAAUACGGAACUAUAAAGUUAUAUACGAUCUUCUUGAUGAUGUGCGAGCCGCAAUGGAGGGACUACUAGACCCUGUUGAGGAUCAAGUGCCGAUUGGUUCGGCAGACGUUCGGGCGGUGUUUAGCAGCGGCAGUGGGCGGAUUGCCGGAUGCAUGGUGACUGAGGGAAAAGUAACAAAAGAUUGCGGAGUUAGGGUUCAGAGGAAAGGAAAAACACUUUUUGUUGGUGUUCUUGAUUCUUUGAGACGGAUCAAGGAAGAUGUUAAAGAGGUAAACGCGGGACUAGAGUGUGGUAUCGGGGUUGAUGACUUUAAUGAAUGGGAGGAAGGUGAUGUAAUCGAAGCUUUUAAUUCCAUUCAGAAAAGGCGAACACUCGAAGAAGCAUCGAGUACCAUGACAGCAGCAUUUAAAGAAGCUGGAAUCGCGAUGUAAUAAAAAAUACCAAAAUAGAACAGAAAUCUUAAAUCUUCAUCCUAUGUUUUGUGACAGAAGUCCCAUACAAGAUUCUCAACAAUCCAACAUGUUAGCAUCAGACAUAUGACACAAGUCCCAUUUUGGAUGCGAAUUAGAAGAAGGUUUGUCUACUCUACUACGUUGUACAUAGAAAGAGAACUCGGGGUUGUAAAGAGGGACAAAAUGAACGUAGCUUCGGUAGGCGGAAGUUGUAGGGAAAAAAGAUUUUGAUAGCUGAAAGUUGAUGCAUCAUGUUUUGUUGAUCAUACAUUUUGUUCUUUGUAUUUGCUCUUUUUUGUCACUUGGAUGGAGGUUUGGAACCUUAUUCUUUUAGCAGUGAAUACAUUUGUGGCAUCCAAUCCAAAUAUUUGAUAUACA